AGACAAGGGGGAUAAUACUUCUUGUUUGGUUCAUUUUAGUUAGUGUGUGGAUAUUUAUAUACUUGUUUAGAUUGUAUGAGUGUGUACCAAGUAUUUUUCCAACUAUGACUGCCAAGUCUGCCAAAGUUGCUGGCCCAGCUCCUACCACUGUCAAAAAUAAGCUGGGCCAGAACAGUCUGCAAAAAGUAUUUGAAGCUGCUCAAAAGACUCUGGCUGUUCAUUCAAAAUUAUGUGUCCACCUCACAAAGAUUUACCAUAAGACCAACUUUGACAUUUUCUUCAGUGAGUUUGUGGACCUCCUAAAGGUGUGCCUUGUUGUGGGAGAGAAGCAUCCUCAAGUGGAAAGAUGCCUCUCAUUUGUGGCCACAUUUACCACUUAUGAUAAAACUCUGAAAGAGGAUAAAAGCAAUGAGAAAUCCAACCACAACAAUGAGAAAGAUUUGGGCAAAACUCCUGAAGAGCUGGACAAGGAGAAGGAACUUUCUUCAUCAUCCUCACAAGAUUCCACUGUUGUGCAGCAGCAAGAAGAAGAAGAGGUUGACAAUGAUGUGGAUGAAUUUCUGAUCAAAAUGUUCCAGUUCCUCUUGAAUAUUCAUGAGGCCCAGAGCUCAGCUGUGCGUUACCGUGUAUGUCAGCUUAUUAACCGCAUUUUGAAUAGCAUGGGCAAGUCAGCCAGCCUUGAUGAUGACCUCUUCAACACGAUAUAUGAUACCAUGCUUGAGCGACUCAUGGACCGCAAGCCUGCUGUCAGGGUGCAAGCUAUUCAUGCUCUCAACAGACUCCAGGAUCCUACUAAUAAAGAUUGUCCUGUGAUUAAAGCCUACCGCUACCACCUGUCCAUGGACCCUGCCAGUGAAGUGAGACGUGCUGCUCUCUGCUGCACAGCCCUCAACUUCCAGACUCUUCCUGAUGUCCUACAGCGCACUCGAGACAAGAACAACCUCGUGCGCCGUCAGGCCUACAUUGUGCUGGCCCAGAAGGUACACAUCAAGUCCCUUCAAAUCAGUCAGCGCGUACGUCUGCUUUCUGAGGGACUUAACGACCGGAGUGAUGUGGUCCGAGUUGCAGUGCAGAAAAACCUCCUCAAUUCCUGGCUACGUUUUGUGAAUAGCAGUGUCUUGGAUCUGCUCACUUGUCUUGAUGUUGAAGCUUUCACAAAGGAGGCUGAAAUGGCUCUGGAUGCAGUCUUCAUGGAUGUACCUGCUGCCACGCUCGUUCAAGGAUUUGACCUCCUUGAUGAUGAUAAAUUGCUGCCCCUUGAUAAGCUCAAACCAGAGAGUGCCCUAUAUUGGAAGAACUUGGCAAAGCACUUGAAGAAAGAAGAAGCUGAUGAGGAGCUUGAUUUUAUACUACCUGACCUGAGUGUAUUCUGUCGCUACACGGAGGCAUAUGCUCUGAGUCCUGAAGCCGAGGUGGCAGAUGAGCACGCCGCUGCUGUGCAGCUUCUCGAGCGCCAGUUUGUGCUGCAGCAACUCGUACAUAUCACAGCUUACUACGAUCUUGCUGAUGAGGUUGGUCGCCGAUCAUUGGUACAGAUGGUCCGACGGCUGCUAGUGUGCCCUAAUCUGGGCGAAGCUUCCAUUGCUGUUCUUGUGGAAGCAUUUGGUCGUCUGUACCCGCCUGCUUCACGGGUGCAGCAGCUGGCAGAGAUAAUUUCAGAUUUUCGAGAGCCCGUUAGUGAAGAAAUCGAAGAGGGCAAUAGUGCCUCAAAGACAGCAACUGAAGAACAGCUUGAGAUCGUACCCCAGCCGACCGCCAUGUCUGAGGACGAGAUGAGAGCCAAGAAAAUUCAGGCGGCGAAAGUUCGAGUGCAGCUGAACGAGCUGCGCGAGGCGCUCGAAGAGUGCGUUAGGAGCCUGGAUCUGGACCGCGCUCAGGAGCUAAAACUGAAACUCAAGGACCUACAGUCUGAGCAUGAAGCCCUCCAGCAGCAGCUCAUCACACCACAACAGACACCUAAAGUUAAGGAGAAGGAGAAAACUGAUUCCAGCCCCGUUGAGACAGUCGAUGCAAACCAGCAGACCACUCAGGCUCAAACUCAACAGCAGACCCAGCAGCAGGAGGAAGACCCUGUGAUGCUCUCGCAUUGCCUCACCAUCGUCUGUGAGAUGCUGCGCAAUCCUGAUAUUAACGUCUUGUCACCCACGCUGCACUCUCUUCAUGACAAUCUCCUGCUGCCAUGUCUCAAAAACCAGGAUGCCUUGGUGCGUGAGAUGUCGGUGCGGGCUUUGGCUCUGCUGUGCAUCAUCUCUCAGGAUCUCGCCUGCAAGCAUCUCCCACUGUUUAUUCAGAUCAGUCAGGUGGACACGGAGGCUAUUCAGGUUGCUGCCGUGCAGGCUGUGUUUGACUUGCUUUUGCUGCACGGUCUUGAGAACCUCAAAGGCAAACAAGAGGACCAGAGCUCGGUGCUCGAAGACGCUGAUGCGAUCGUCUCUGUGCUUUCCGAGCGACUUGAGCAGGACGAUGGAAAAGUUCGUAAUGCCGUAGCCUUGGGGCUGUGCAAGCUCCUAAAUUUCAGUCGUCUGCAGUGCCCGAAACUGUUAUCCCAACUCACUUUGUUGUGGUACAACCCCCUCACUGAAGAAGAUACGCAGCUACGGCAAAUGUUGGGAUCGUUUUUCCCAGUUUACGCGUCUAAAGGCGGCCUUCACCAGGAGUGUGUGAGUGCCUCAAUUCUUCGGACUCUACGCACUCUCUCUGAAGCCAGCCCUCGCUCGCCCUAUCAUGAGGUCGACCUUGAUGACGUGUGCAGCUUCUUGCUGAGCAUCACCAGUCCUGCCAUCGUCUCCAAGGACGUUCAACAGACAAACGUACACGACGCUCUUGUGUUCACUUUGUGUGGAGAGAUGCUGGCUCAUCCAAACUCGAGUCUAACGCAUCACCUCUGCCGUUCUCUGCGGCUGCUUAGUCUCACGCCCGACAAUUACACCAACCUCAGCCAACUGCACACUCUUCUGGCAAAGCUCAUGAAGCGGGUGCGUGGUGACCGCACCCUGAUGACGCCUCUGGAGAAGUUUAUGCUGUCAGUCACGGAGCUUCUGAAGCGCGCUCCAGCACAGCAAGGGAGCGAGACGCCCGCGCCGGCUGACGAGUCCAAGCGUCUCAGUGCUGCUGAUGAGAGCUCAAGUUUGUGCAGCAAGUCUAUCGACGGGACAUUUGCGCGCCGCAAACGCCAACUUUACUCAACCGAGAGCCGUGCAGAUUUACUUUCCAGCGAGGUUGAGUCUGAAGUUGGAGAUGCAGCCAGUCCUGAAGAGAAAGCGUCCUCCAGUGUAGAUUCUCGUACAGACCCGGAGAACACCGUGAAGAACGAAGAGGAUGCUGCGACUGAGUCAGAUACACUGGCCGUGUCCAACCAGGAGAUCCAAUUGUCGGGCGAGUGGGAUGACAAAGAAACAACUGUAACCGAAAAACAGUCCUCACCCGCUGCUCACAAUAACACUGCAGUAGAUUCUGAAGCCGUUACAUCCGGCUCAACUUCUAACGCGGCGGCUCCUGUUUCUCAUCCGGAGAAAAACGAAGAAUUGGCUACCGACGGAAGUGAAAUCGUACAAGAUGCCCGGCCACCUACUAGGCGUGCGACGAGGCACAGCUCCACUGCCAGCGAGGACAGCGCCACGAAGCGCGUCUCUGCGGCCUGUCGACGGUCUAGACGAGCUGCUGUGAGGUAUUCGCUUGCUGACACGUCCACCGAUGAAGAAAUCGCAACCACUUCGGAGCCGGCUGUCUCCAGCAAACGAAGCGCGACUCAAAAAUCGGCGGACAACCGCAAGGCCAGAAUAACGUCAACCCAUCAGAGCGAAGAGAGCAACUCAGCCCAAAGCAGCGGCAGUAGCUCUUCGCCAGUGCGUCCUGCCGUCAAGAGGCUACGGAGAACUAAAAAUCUUCCCUCGUCAAGUGCAAGCCCUGCCAGCAGUUCGAUCAGCACGCGAUCUUCCCGCUCGUCCAACGCAUCAACGGAUGCCAGUAAUCGCCGUUCUCAACGCUCGACAAACGAGUCGAGUCAAGCAAGCUCAGGUCGCUCAACUCGCUCGACCCGACUUCGUUGACAUUCCAGUGGUGAAAAGUAAUGCUGAGGAUACUGUUGAGGACAAUUCAAUUCGCGAUCCUUUGCGACACUGAUCCUAUGCAUAGCAUCUUUCCCGUUGUCUAAUUUAACUUUAUUCUAUUGUGUAAUUUAUUCAAGAUUAUUUUAAACAGUUUUUCGAUUAUCUUAAACUUCCAUUAGGCUUUCAAGAUUCGACUUUUUUUUCGAAGAAAUUUCGAGUUAGCAUAUUUCAGUAUUUGAAUCAAAGUGUAAGAUUGCGAACCACGUGCAAAUAAUCGGUUUUUAACACUUAAAUUUUAAUGAAUAAACCUUUAUUGGAACGUU